AUGGACAAGGAAGCGGAAACCAAAUUGGUUUACAGUGCACUUACUUUGACGAGCCACUAUAUUGAAGAUCAAUACAACGAUACCGCCUCGAAGUUACCACAAAAUGGAAAGGCUGUUUCCAACAUAGAAGACAAUGACGACAACGAGCAAAAAGUUUUGCCUCGGGUCAAAGCGAUCGAUACUCGGAUGGAAUCUUGCGGGCAGAAGAGGCAAUCAGCUAACACCUUGUCUCUGAGCAGCAAUCUUCCUCCUGCCUCUCAUUUGGGCGACGAUGAGCCUUAUAUCAAGCCCAUCGCAGGUCACCGGUUAACACCGGGUUGCCCUCAUAAGCUAGGAUCGUCGUGCCGUAUACACGAUACACCUUCUGCUUUGAAUGGAAGCCAGGCUUUCGGAGUCGAAGACACGUAUGGACGUUUAGACGGCCUUCCAGAGUAUCCCAGAUCUCCCUUCCUAAUAGAACCGACUAAACAUCACAAUCUCAACAGAUCACCGCCCUCACUUAAAACGGAAUUUCCAGACAAUAGGAGAACAACCAAGAGCAUGUCGUUUGGCUCAACUGGCGCUGGACCUCCCCUGCAUUACACUCCUUCAACGGAGAAUCGCUGGCAAGGAUCCCCGGAUGGGAAGGGCAUUGAGCGUUCUUUGCAAAAGGUGGAGGAGGCAUCGGGACCAAGAGGAUGGAAUAGGCCCUCGAACAACCGUAAUGUUGUCUCAAAGGUUGAACAUGAUACAGAGGCGAGGGUGAUGACUGAGGCGCAGCCGGCUGAAGACAAGAUCGACAGGCAAGACCAGGAAGAAAUAGAGGCCUUGAUCGAACCUAUCCGCAUGCUGCAAGGCAAAUGGAACUGGGAAGAGGACCUGAGCGUCCGCCAAGAGCAGGAGAUGGCACGACCAAGUGCAGCGCAUCAAAGAAGAAAAGAAAAGGAGAAGACGCGGGAAGAUAUGAGACGUGUGCAUGCCCAAUUGCAGGCCAAGGACAACCCCCAGCUCGAGGAGGAUUUGAGCCUUCCUUGCGCUCUAUUUUCCGAGACUGGGGACGAGGCCAGAGGAUUACCAGAAUGGCAAGUUCACCAACCUCCAGCACGGGCGGAAGAGUCUUUUCAUCCGGAGAUCCCAUCGCCUUUGACACGCCUGGAGGCACACGAAAGCCCGGCCUUGCCACGACGCCAAAGCAGGCGACGGGGUUCGUUCCGAUGGUUCAAGAGCGCAUUGCGACUUGCGGUAAACCAAUUACCGACAUCAGUUUCGGCUGCUAUCCCAGGCAAAAGAGCAGGCGCACUGGGAGGCUCUGAUAGUACGCGAUAUGUGCGUGAGAAUCUGGAGAAGCGAAGCCCACCGGCUGAGGACCGAGACACUAUUUCAGCCACUUUGAAUGUGGCAAGCAAUGCUCAUGAAGAAGCCGGUCGCAAGGCACGACGCGCACGUCGAGGGAUGGAACACCGCCGCCGUGAGGAAACACAGCAUCGCCAGGCAGUGCAAAGUGGACAGGAGGACCAAAGGAGGACGCGCUCGGCCAGCACGGCCGAGUGCAGCGCCUGCGUCGAGCCUGUGCCCCGGAACCAAAUGUGCCGGUUGGAGUGCAAGCACUACUACUGUCGACCCUGUCUGGAGACAGCCAUCCGCACAGCAGUAAAGGACAAAAAGACCUUCCGAUGCUGCAGCCGGCCGAUCUCUCCAGAUCUUGUGUCCCAGUGGCUUCCCGCCCGAGUCCUUGCCGCGUACGCCGCCGUGGUCGAGGAGCUCGCGACUCCCAACCCAACGUACUGCCACAGCUGGCGCUGUUCGGCCUUCAUCCCGCCAGCCUUCUACGUCGGGGACGACGUGGCUCGGUGCCCGCGGUGCUCGAGCACCACCUGCCGCCUGUGCAAGCAAAAGGCCCACCACGCGGGAGUCGUCUGCGCGCAAGACGCCGCGGGCCAGGCGCUGCUGGGCCUGAGCCUCUGGCGAAAGUGGAUGCGCUGCCCGCACUGCAGGACCAUGGUCGAGCGGUGCGCGGGCUGUCUGCACAUGACUUGCACGUGCGGGACCCAGUUCUGCUACAACUGCGGGAAGCCGAGCUGGCGGUGUCGGAACGGGAAAUGCACGAGGAGGUGA